AUGAUUUGCCGUUGAAACCAGCUCCAGAAGCUUCAGCGUGUCGCGGUAACCCUUCUUAAACCCUAAGCCCUACAGAGCCGACCCAACGAAUCGAGUGACGGAGUGCAGGAGAGGAUCUCGACGGAAGAAUGCUCGGCGCUUCCCGGCGAUCGCUUUCUGCGGCGGUGCGCUCAUGUGUUUGCGCGCAUCAAAGCUGGCCGGCUCUCUUGGCCUCACCACACCACUCUCUGUUCCCCUCAGCUCAGAACUCGGUUUGGGAGCAUGAAUCCAGAUAUCUCCCAUCCUCCUUUCGCUUGUUUUCUAUUCUAUCUGCAUCCAAAGCUUCUCAGUUGGGAUUAUCAGCGGCCCUAAAUAGCAAUCUUGUUGGUAGGCAGUAUGAAUCUACUGCUACUGCCAUUGAUUCUUCCGAUGGAAUACCUCCAGCAGAGAAAUUUGAGUACCAGGCUGAGGUUAGUCGCCUCAUGGAUCUCAUAGUUCAUAGUUUAUAUAGCAACAAAGAAGUGUUUCUACGGGAGCUGAUUAGUAAUGCAAGCGACGCUCUCGACAAGUUGCGUUAUUUGAGUGUUACUCAGCCCGAACUCUUGAAAGAUGCUGUCGAUCUCAACAUUCGGAUUCAAACUGACAAGGACAAUGGAAUAAUAACUUUGACUGAUUCUGGAAUCGGCAUGACGAGGCAAGAGCUUGUUGAUUGCCUUGGAACUAUUGCUCAGAGCGGAACAGCGAAGUUUUUCAAGGCUUUGAAGGAUAGUAAGGAAGCUGGUGCUGACAGCAAUUUAAUUGGCCAAUUUGGGGUGGGAUUUUACUCGGCCUUCCUUGUUGCUGACAAGGUAGUCGUUUCAACAAAAAGUCCAAAAUCGGACAGGCAAUUUGUCUGGGAAGGAGAAGCUAAUGCUAACUCCUAUACAAUAAGGGAGGAGACUGAUCAGGAUAAGCUUAUCCCAAGAGGAACUCGCAUUACAUUGUAUCUCAAGCGCGAUGAUAAGGGAUUUGCUCAUCCGGAGAGGAUCGAAAACCUUAUAAAGAAUUAUUCUCAGUUUGUUUCCUUCCCAAUUUAUACUUGGAAAGAGAAAGGUUUCACUAAAGAGGUUGAGAUUGAUGAGGAGCCAACAGAAGCUCAGAAGGAUGCUGAAGAAGAUGGUAAUGUUGAGAAGAAAAAGAAGACUAAAAAGGUUAUUGAGAAAUAUUGGGAUUGGGAACUUAUAAAUGAGACCCAACCUAUAUGGCUUCGUAGCCCUAAAGAUGUCACUACAGAUGAUUACAAUGAAUUCUACAAGAAGACGUUCAAUGAAUAUGUCGAUCCUUUGGCUUCUUCGCAUUUUACGACAGAGGGAGAAGUGGAGUUCAGAUCCAUUUUGUUUGUACCUGCUGUGAAAAAGGAGGAUAUGUUGAAUAAUAAAACAAAGAACAUAAGGCUUUAUGUUAAACGCGUAUUCAUAUCAGAUGACUUUGAUGGGGAACUGUUCCCGAGAUAUUUGAGUUUCGUGAAAGGCGUCGUGGAUUCAAAUGACCUUCCUCUGAAUGUCUCGCGCGAGAUUCUUCAAGAAAGCCGCAUCGUACGAAUAAUGAGGAAACGGUUAGUUCGCAAGGCAUUUGAUAUGAUAUUGGGAAUUUCUCUUAGCGAAAACAGAGAUGAUUAUGAUAAAUUCUGGGACAAUUUCGGCAAAUUUUUAAAAUUGGGAUGCAUUGAAGAUCAUCCAAACCACAAGCGCAUUGCGCCACUUCUCAGAUUUUUCUCGUCUCAAAGUGAGGAAGAGCUGAUCAGCUUAGACGAAUAUGUGGAGAGUAUGAAGCAAGAUCAGAAAGAUAUCUACUAUAUCGCGUCGGACAGCUUGACAAGCGCAAAGAAUGCUCCUUUUCUUGAGAAACUUUCUCAAAAGGAUUUUGAAGUUCUAUUCUUAGUUGACCCCAUGGACGAACUUGCUAUCCAGAACCUGAAGUCCUACAAGGAAAAAAAUUUUGUUGAUAUCAGCAAGGAGGAUUUAGAUCUUGGUGAUAAGGACGAGGAGAAGGAGAAAGAAAUCAAGCAAGAAUUCAUCCAGACCUGUGAUUGGAUAAAGAAAAGAUUGGGUGAGAAAGUUGCGAGUGUUCAGAUUUCGAACCGCCUCAGUUCCUCGCCAUGCGUUCUAGUUAGUGGAAAAUUCGGUUGGUCGGCGAAUAUGGAGAGGUUAAUGAAAGCACAAACCCUAGGAGAUACUUCUAGCCUUGAGUUCAUGCGCUCAAGAAGGGUUUUUGAAAUUAAUCCCGAGCAUCCAAUUAUUAAAAAUCUGAAAGUUGCUAGUAAGAGUUACCCUGAUGAUCCUGAUGCUCUCAGGGCAAUUGAUCUUCUUUAUGAAACCGCUCUGAUUUCAAGUGGCUUUACACCGGAUAACCCCGGGGAGCUCGGAGGAAAGAUUUAUGAGAUGAUGGGCAUGGCGCUCGGAGGCCGGUGGGGCGAAACCUCUCAAGCAAACUAUCAUGACUCACCGAGCCAAUCUACUCCGUUUCAUACCACUGAGCCGUUGGAAGCUGAAAUCGUUCAUCCAGUUGAAGCUGCAGAGCAGAAAUGAAUGAAAAUGGUAUUCUGCUGUUUCUGAGCUAUUCACUCCAUUUUUUAUCUAUGCAAAAAGAUGUGCUCAUCUUAUGUAAUUGGUAUGAGUUUUUGAAUAGGCGCAUAUUACUUACAGUGGUUCAUAUAUGAAAAUGUAUUUUUGUGGGAUCAAAAUGUAAAAGAGGGAUUUGAUGGUGUAAUGCUUGCUUGCUUGAUCUCUAUAUAUUUGGAUUUUGUUAUUUGCUUGCUUUUCAGUUAGUGCUAGACUUUCUGUUUUCUUGGGAA